UGGACCUACUGGACAGCGGAGCCGCCACACACCGGGCCGCUGUCCGCGGUGCUGAACCCAGAACUCAGAGCAACCCAGCGAGUUAACAGCCUUCCAACUCUUACAGUCCUGAUAUUAUAUCACAUUCAGCGCACAGGUGGGGGUUAGACCCCCUUCAUCUGAGAUAACUGUGGAUAUAAACGCUGAGUGAGAUUCUCCUCACUGAACCACAGCCCCAAAAAUACAGCCCACAUUCAGUGGCUUAUUGCUCCCCCUCUAAUCCCGCCUCAGCGAGAGAGCGAGAGACAGAGAGAGCGAGAGAGAGAGAGAGAGAGAGAGAGAGAGAGAGAGACAGCGCUAUAAGCCAUAUCCCACUCUGUGCAGCGCGCGGAUUGUCAGUGGGAAUUUGGUAGCAACCUCGAGCUCAUGCAAAGAAAAAGAGCAAGAGAGAGAGAGUGAUACAAAUAGAGGGAAAGAGUGGGUGAAGCGCGAGACGUUUGGCUUUAAACAAGGCACAAGACAAGACGGGGGCUCGACCGGAAACAAGUAGGAUCUUGAUCACCUUGAUCACCAUCAUCAUCACCAUUAUCAUCAUCAUCAUCCUCUCAACGUCCCAAAGAAAUACAGGAGUCAGGCUGCGCGCGGGAAUCUGCAAACCUGCAUUUCACCAAACAGGCACGACUUGGGACGCUCUGGGGGAGUGCACGGACCUCCUGAAGCAUCUGAACAAGUGCACGAGACCAGUUUAGCCGGGAACAUCUAAAACAAACAAACAAACAACCAAACAAAAAGACAAAGAAGUAAAAUAGAAAAGAAUAAUAACACUUAAACCGCAGCUGCAGAAGAGCGUGCGUACGAGAGAGAGAAAGAGAGAGAGAGAGAAAGAAAGAGAACAAAAAAGAGAAAGAGCUUCUCUGAAGAAAAAGGAGGGAAAAGAGGAGGAGGAAGAAGAAGAGGGAAAGGAGGAGGAGAGUAAGGAGGACAAGGAGGAGGAGGAGGAAAGAAGCUGUCGUCUCCGCGACUGGCACGAGUUCGCAUUUGCAUUCGACAUAAGCGCCCCCCACACGAGGAGCGAGAGGAGCGCGUGAGUGCGAGAGGACCGCGCGCAGGAUGUGCUAAACCCUCAACCGACACAGCGCGAGCUGCGCGAAUCCCCCGAACCCCCUCCGCGCGCGCGCGCUCCGGCUGAUGGGUGACGGUGGGCCGGAUGGCGUGCUAUUACCUGGUGAUCAGCUCCACGCAUCUCAGCAACGGACACUACCGGAGCAUUAAAGGAGUUUUCCGCGGGCCGCUGUGCGCGAACAGCCGGGGACAGUCGCCGGACUAUGCCGAAAAGGAAAAAGCCAUAGCCAAAGCACUGGAAGACCUGAAAGCGAACUUUUACUGCGAGCUCUGUGACAAGCAGUACCACAAACACCAGGAGUUCGACAACCACAUCAACUCCUAUGACCACGCGCACAAGCAGAGGCUGAAGGAGCUGAAACAGAGAGAGUUUGCACGUAACGUCUCAUCUAAGAGCUGGAAGGAUGAGAGGAAGCAGGAGAGAGCACUCAAACGGCUCCAUCAACUUGCCCUGCUCAAGCAGCAGAGGGACAGCGACAAGGGAAGGAGUUCAAAGUUAAGAGCUCCAGCCAGAGCAGAACCUCCGAAUGGCAGCGAUAAACCAACCUCCAGGCAUAAAUCAUCUCAUCAAGGCCAAAAUGAUCCGCUUUCCUCUCCAGACACAACCCCGAGGGGUUCCACCUACAAGGAUCAGUGCCCUCACCAGGCUCGAUGUUCUUCACCUGUCACUCAGGUCUCAAAAGACCACCGGCGCCCUAGGACAGGGGUCUCUUUCUGUUUCUCCAGGCGGGCUCAGUUAAAACUGGAUUCUUGUGCAUCAGUGUUCAACGAUGGCUUGGAUGAGGCCAGUGACUUGCAGGAGCUCCAGAGACAGAGGCAAAGACUGGCACUACAGGCUCUCUGGUCUCGAUCCCCUUCACCUGUGCAAGGUGAGGAAGACCAGAGCAUUCCCCUGGAUCCAACAGCACUGGGCAACAGCCCUCUGCCAAGAAGUUGCCAGCCAGAUCAGACUGAUCAGGGGGACAGCCUAGAGAUCAGAGUGAACUACUGCACUACAGAGCCAGAGAGGCAAGGCUCACACAAUCUUGACACGCAUGGUCUGGAAACUGAGAGGCAGCCAGCUGGUACAGAAGCCAGAGCAGCAGAUCAAGGCCAGAAACCCAGGCAAAACUGGGCUAAUGGGGAAAGGGAAUUGGUGGAGAGAACCAGCCUGAGGAGCCCUGGCCCUCCUGAUGAUACACAGAGUGCAGUGGAUUCUGACCAACUUCACACAAACAAAGUCUCGCAUCAAGACUUACAGAAAGACAAAAAAUGUGACACUGUGAAUGUCGAGCACUGCCUAUCGGAGACAGAGUUAACAGACGAUAGCUUGAGCAGUAAAACUCUUUCUUUCUUUCAUGUUCUCAGCAAGGAUGGAACGACACUGAAAUGGCCUUCUGAGCUUGUGCACUACACUUCCGAUAAGCCCCGUGUGUCCUACAGCUGCAACCCACUUUGCUUGAGUUUCAAAUGUGCAGAAAGCAAAGAAAAAGGUAACGAGGCAGUACAGACAGAUGUUUGCACUGCUUCCGGCCUCCCAGACCAACCUGACAGAGCUGAGGAGCAGGACUGCAAUGUUCUGGAAGAUAAAUUAGGCAUUUUAAAACCAAAGAGACCCAAAACCAGGCGGCGGAGGAUGCGAGCUCGUAGGCGUAAAUUAGAUGCUGUCAGGAGGCACCGGGUGGGCUGUGCACUCGGCUCCCAGACGCCUGCCAGAGGACGCUUUGAAUUCAAAGGCACCCCAGCAGAUGAGCGAUGCACCAAGCAGGGAUGCAACGAGAAAAGGCGCAAACUUGGGAAGAGGAGGAGAUCAGUGAGGGAUGAGGUCACGAAUGAAAGUGACACUCCAGAACUAAGCUUGAAAAGCAUAGUUGUGAACUCCCUUUCAGCACCGGCAAGGCAAAGACGGAAGCGCCGGAGGUUGCAGUCUGCUCGUCGUUGCUCUGUAAAGUGCAAGGCUAUUCCACCCACUACUGCUCACUGCACAGUGGGGGGCGAGGAUGAUUUCCCGUGGUGUGACAACUUUUUUGAGACCAAAUACGAUGCUAGUGUGACCCCCUGCAGUGACAAGUCCAGCUCGUGGGGCGUCCUGUCAGAUUUGAGCUCCGAUGGGGAAUGGCCUGCUUGCAAUUGGGGAAGGAGCUCUUGUUCUCCUGGGUCAGCUUCCUCUUAUUCCUGGAGGAGAGGACACAGUCAGCCCUGGUCUUACAUCAGAAAAUCCAGUUACAGCUUCCCUUACUACGGUUACAGGCACAUGUCAGACAGUCCAGGUAGAGACACUGAAUACAGAGAGGACUACUGGGAUUACAGAGACUCGGAAAUCUGCAGAGAGAAGAAUUACUCUGGCGUUUGUGACAGCCCCUGUAUUAUAGAGGGGAGAUAUAGUAUUAGACAGCCUAAGAGAGCUCUGAGUGAGAAUAGACAUAGAUAUCGAAAUAGAAGAAAGCUAAGCACAAAGAGAAUAUGUUUCUACAGGGUCUAUGACAGCCCUGAACGCCAGGACACAGAAGGAGAUUGGUGGUGCGAGAGGCCCAAUCCCAGCCCUGACAAUAGGAGGCUUAGAGAAAGAGAGAGAUUCUGGUUAAGUCCAGAUAUCAAUCGAGGUAGGGAGUAUGAGAGAUCUAGCCCUGGGUCCAGACUUAGUCCGGCUUCCUCUAGUUCCACCAGCAUUUCAGACCUCAGUGGAGAUUGCAGCUCUCACAUUAAGCCAUCGUAUUCAGGUCACAGCCAAAAUCAUCACAGCAACUUUUCAUGGCCAGCUGAGAAAUCAUCAAGGACAAAAACUUCUCCAGAUUCUCCACUAAGACAGAAAAGUUCCUCACCCACACUCUUUCAAAGGACUGUUGAAAAAGUAGAACCCAUUCGCACAGAGAGUCAACCUGCUGUUUUCAAUCCGAUUCCUAAAAAAAAGCAGGAAACAGUUACACACAACUUGAAUUCCACAGAUUUGUCAAAUCAGAACAUGGGAUCUCCUGAUAAAAAGCUCACAACCAACAGAACUCGUACCCUUUCACUCCCAUUGAUUGGUAAACUCCCUUCGAUUAAAAAAAAAGGCAUAAGACUUCAGAAAGAGAAAAGUAGCAGUUGCUGUAACCAAGACCAAACAUCAACCAAACAUGGUCCAUUAAAACCUGAAAGCCAAGUAGUACCCAAAACUAGACAUAAUUUAGAGGCAGAAAGAUCUGAUUCAAACUCUUCCCAAGCUUGUGCGCUGAGGAAACCGCCAGAACUUUGUACAACAGUAGAGAUAAAAGACAUUUCCUUGCCUCAUGAAAAGUUAAAGAAAACUUCAGACCCUUCAGAAAAUCAGCCACAAAGGUGCUCCACCCCUCCCUUGAUAGAGCGGCCAAUAACGUUUACGGAGGACGAGAUUGAUAAGUAUAGACUUCUCCAACUUCAGGCCCAGCAGCACAUGCAGCAGCAAACUCUCCAAGAGCAACAGGACAACAUGCCGAGACAGCCAACAACACCUGUGGAUGUGCCUCCAAUACACCACAUACCUAUACCUGCCCAAGAUCCCUCAAACCAGCCUGUAACUGCGCCAUGCCUUCCAUAUGCCAUCCUUCAACACGGAGCACUCUCAGCCUUCUCCACUUCCAUCCCCUCUCCUGCCUCCUCCUUCACAUCCCACCACUCCCCCACCACACACACGUCGCUCCAUCCAUCUCUGUCGCAGCCCCUGUUCGCUCCCCUCCCGUUCCCUGCUGCGUUCUUUCCAGCUCCCCCUGCUGCAGUGCUGGCAGCCCGUCCCCUCCAUCUGAUCCCUGCAGCGUCCCUUCACCCACACCCUCACCCUCCUGGCCUGGCAUUUCACCCUCUGACCCACACCCCCUUGCUCCCUGCUGUACUUGCUCCGACACCAAUGGCUGCUGCCGCCGCCGCCAUGGCAGCCGCUAAUACUCUGCAAAUCCACCCCCUACUUCACCCUCUGUUCCGCAGCCAGGACCUUCAGAAGCACCCUGGGCCUGCCAGCUAGUCGUGGGGGCAAAGUAGCAAAGAGGAAGGAGGUAGAAAGAUGAGAUGUAGGGCAAAAUGAUACAGAACAUUACAGAUCUACACUGUCCAGUCAGAAUAUUAUAACCACCUUCUAGUUCCUACACUGAUCUUAUAGUAGCACUUUGUUCUUCUAUAACUAGUGUGAUUGUAUUAAAUCAUAUUCCUCUUAAUAUUAUUUCACCAAUUUUUUUGGGGAGUAAACCUUCAGUAACCCUGUAUUCAUAAUGCAUUAUGAGUGCAUUCAUAAUGCACUAUAUGACAUGCAUAAUACCUUAUAAUGACUGUAAUAA